AUGACCGUCUAUGCCAAGCCUUACGAAGGGCUAACCAAAUCGCUUCAAAAUGCUGCUAGAGAUGUUUCUUCCCUUAAUUUAAGAGUUUUGAUUGAAGGGCCCUACGGUGGUGUAAGUUCCGGGUCAAUGGCAAGGUUCGACUCCAUUCUCAUCAUUACUGGUGGAUCUGGAGCUGCAUUCUCAUUUCCAAUCGUGGAGGACGUCUUAAGGACCUGCGCGACCGCGGAUUCAGCGGACCAGGUUGAGGGGAAAACACUCAAGAUUAUUUAUGCAGCCCGUUCUUCGCUAAUGGCCCAGUGGUACGAAGAAAGAAUCAGGGCAUUGGUUUCUUGUUACCCUUCGAGCUCAAUUGUUUCAGUCUUAAUACAUACCACAUCGAUCACCAGCCCUCUACAGAGCUGUAUUAGUAUGUCAAAAGAAUAUGCGUCUAGCGGGAUGGAUCAAACUUUAAAUGGAGAGAAGGAUUCUUCAAUUAUACAUGAGCACGGCCGGCCAUGCCUGGCCGGUGCUGUGGCUUCUCUGGCGGAGCAGGCCGCCGGAAAAUCGGCUGGAAUUGUUGUUUGUGGUCCACCUUCCAUGCUCCACGAUAUUCGCAAUGCGGCGGCAGAAGCACAGAAGAAAGUAUUAGCUGGAGACGUUAAAGAGCUAUACUUGCACACAGAAUGCUUCUCGUAA